GUGGCGCAGAUCCCUUCUCGCAGGCCAGCGCCUCGCCCGCUCUGCUCUGCGCACUGCGCCACAGGCCCCUUGCGGCGCGUGGGCGGUUUUGUUUGGAUGUUAGGAACUGCUUUCUCAUGAGGAGGGUGGUGAAGCACUGGGCCAGGUUACCCAGAGAGGUGGUGGGAUCUUCGUCCUUGGGGGCUUUUAAGACCCGGUUGGACAAUACCUUGGGAGGGAUGAUCUAUUUGGAGAUGGUCCUGCUUCGAGCAGGGGCUGGGCCAGAUAACUUACUGAAGUCCCUUCCUGCCCUCCUUGUCUGUGUGACGUGGGAACUGGAGGUUUGGUAGGAUGAGGGCUCUCCAGAGCAGGAGUUUCCACCCCUGCUGGAUUCAUAACAAAUGCUGCCCCCUGUUGAUUGAGCUGGAGAUGAGUAUGGGAUCAUUUGGGCAGGAAGGGCCUUGUGUGUUAUCGGUGACAGCAGCUGGGUUGCCUUAACCACACACGGCUACUGCAGUGGUCUCUGACAGACCUUUGAUCUUUUUAUGACCUUGAAGGAAACUAAGCUGUUAGCCACUUGCUGUCUUUUGAUUAGUCAGGAGAUUGCCUUUAGGAAUAGAACCGGGUUUCUACUCCAGUCCCUGGAAGACUUGGACAACAGUUUAAGAAAACUCAAUUCUCGCUUGUUUGUGGUACGGGGUCAACCAACAGAUGUCUUUCCAAGACUCUUUAAAGAAUGGGGAGUGACUCGUCUUACCUUUGAGUAUGACUCAGAACCAUUUGGGAAGGAGAGAGAUGCAGCUAUCAUCAAACUGGCCAAGGAAGCUGGAGUGGAGGUGGUAGUUGAGAACUCUCACACACUCUAUGACCUGGACAGAAUAAUUGAGCUGAAUGGCAACAAACCACCCCUCACCUACAAACGUUUCCAAGCCAUCAUUAGCCGCAUGGAGCUUCCCAAGAAGCCAGUGAGCAGCAUAACAAGCCAGCAGAUGGAGAAGUGCAAAGCUGAGAUCCAGGAGAAUCAUGACGAUGUGUAUGGAGUCCCAUCUCUGGAGGAGCUGGGUUUUCCCACAGAUGGUCUUGCUGCAGCAGUUUGGCAAGGAGGGGAAAUGGAGGCCUUGGCACGCCUGGAUAAGCAUUUGGAAAGAAAGGCUUGGGUUGCAAAUUAUGAAAGGCCAAGGAUGAAUGCCAACUCGCUGCUGGCCAGCCCAACAGGGCUCAGUCCCUAUUUACGCUUUGGUUGCUUGUCCUGCCGCCUGUUCUACUACCGCCUCUGGGAGCUAUAUAAGAAGGUGAAGCGAAAUAGCACCCCACCUCUCUCACUAUAUGGACAGCUGCUUUGGCGUGAAUUUUUCUAUACAGCAGCCACCAACAACCCCAAAUUUGACCGUAUGGAAGGGAACCCAAUCUGCAUCCAGAUCCCCUGGGACAGGAAUCCUGAAGCCUUGGCAAAGUGGGCCGAGGGCAAAACAGGCUUUCCCUGGAUUGAUGCUAUCAUGACGCAACUGCGGCAAGAAGGCUGGAUCCACCACCUAGCCAGGCACGCUGUGGCCUGCUUCCUGACCCGGGGUGACCUCUGGAUCAGCUGGGAGUGCGGAGUAAGGGUGUUUGAUGAGCUGCUUCUGGAUGCAGAUUUCAGUGUAAACGCAGGCAGCUGGAUGUGGCUUUCGUGCAGUGCUUUCUUUCAACAGUUCUUCCACUGCUACUGCCCUGUGGGCUUUGGCCGUCGCACAGAUCCCAGUGGUGACUACGUUAGGCGAUAUCUGCCCAAGCUAAAAGGCUUUCCCUCGCGAUACAUCUAUGAGCCCUGGAAUGCCCCAGAGUCGGUGCAGAAGGCAGCCAAGUGCAUCAUUGGGGUGGACUACCCCAAACCCAUGGUGAACCAUGCUGAGACCAGCCGGCUAAACAUUGAGCGCAUGAAACAGAUAUACCAGCAGCUGUCACGCUACAGGGGGCUCUGUUUAUUGGCAUCAGUCCCUUCCUGUGCAGAUGAUCUCAGUGGCCCAGUCACAGAUCCAGCUUCAGUUCAGGGCUGCAGCACCAGUACAGCAUUGAAGCCAUCACAGUCUGGCCAGGCCUCUCCAAAGCGCAAGCAUGAGGGAAUAGAGGAGAUGUGCACAGAGGACCUGUAUAAACGAGCCAAAGUGACAGGUCUGCAUGGUCCAGAGAUUCCCAGCAAGAGCUUGUGAAUCCAGAGAUGAGAGAUUCACAAGGGAAGAGUCGGAGCACUGGAGUGGUCACGCCACAGCAGUAAAGGGGUGCUGCUGUGAAAGGGAUCAGAACGUGUGAUCAGCAGCUGAAAAUGUUGGGUGUCUAUGUGAAUGUGUAACUCCGAUGGUUGCCACACUGGGGCAUUGCAUCAUUUUUGCUUGGGUAUGUUUUGGCUCAUUGACAUAUAAAAGCCCCAGGAACCAAACCUAUCCCUUCUGAGGCAAACCCAGAGUUGAGGAGACAAGAGGUUUUUUUCUGUUGACUUGUUCACUCCCAGGUGUAUCUUUUCUUCCUAGGUGUCAAUCAGUGCAUGAAACUUAAUGCCUAGCUGAAGUGAGCAGCAUUUGUCUGUCUCAAAAGAAAUACUCAACCUUCCUCACUCUUAAAUGGCAGUCAAUGAGAUUAAACUGCAGCCUGCAUUUGGAUAACGUUCUCUGGUGUGCAAGAUAUUGAAUACUCUAGUGGCUUCCCAGGUGGCGUGGUUUCAAGCACUCCACCCCCAAAGCAUAUUAGAAUGCCUGCAUAUGCCUGUCAGCACAGUGGGAAUUAAUGCAGGAAUUGUAAGGUGGGCAAGAAACCCACCUGAGGAUAUGGCAACAGGUAGUAUUGAAAGGGGAACUGCUGGGCUGGAAGAAGGUUACUGCUGGAGUCUUUCAAGCAUUGGUUUUAGGACUAAUCUUACCAAAGCUCCUGCUUCUUGUUUAUUUAAUAUUCUCAUCUCAUGACUUUGGCACAAAAUGUAAGAAGAAUAUGCUGACAGGUUUUGGAUGACCACAAGAUGUGUUUUCAUCAUGGAAGAUCAGGAUAAUGUGCAGGAAGAAUUGCAUGAAUUUGAGCACUGGAGUAAUCGAAAUGAGAUGAAACAGUACAAAGUGGUUAUGCAUUUUUGGAGAUUAAUUAUCAGAGUUGCUUCAAGCAGCUAGAACCUCGUCAGCUGGAACAACUAAAAAGCAGAAAGAUUUGGAUGUGCUGGUCAGUCACAGGAUGACUAUAAACCUCUAUUGUGAUAGUCACAGGAAAGAAAAAUGCCGUCUUGUAUUGUAUCUGGAGAGAGAUUAUCAGUAAAGGGCAUUUUAUGCCAUUGUAUAAGACCCUGGUAAGUCUUUAUCUGGAAUUAUAUGCAAUUUUGGUCAUUUUGAUUCCAGAAAAAAAUACAAGUUGGAACAGGGGAAGAGUUAAUUAGAUAAGUAGAAGAAUGGAGAGUCUUCUUACAAAAGAAGGCUGAAAGAGGUUGGCUUGUUUAGCCUAGUAAAUGAAGGCUGAAAAGAGAAACAAUCUCUCCCUACAUUACUCAAGAAUGCAAAUAUUCUUCAUUCUUGGAUGAAGACUAAAUCAGCAAAUGCUUAGCAUGACCCUGAACAUUCUCCAAAAGGGACAUGGGACCAUUUCCCAGGCUGGACAGCUCUUGGAGGUCACUGUGAGAGGAAGCUCCUAGAGAUGGGGUAGGAAGAUUUCUUUUGAGAAUAAGCCUAUGACUGGAUCAUGCAUGAAGAUUUCUCUUUGAAACUUGCUGCUCCAAUAACAGAAAAAGCUACACCUGGUAUGGAGAACAGUCCUAGCCCUACCAGGGUCUGGACUCUGUCUCUCCUGUACUAAUUUACCUGAGAGGAAAUCCUUUCAAACAGAAUGAUCAGUGUCCUGUGUGGAGUCUGUGCAGCAUCUGAUGUGGAGUGAAUGUGCUACUGGGAUAAGGCUGGGCUAUGGGGCAACUCCCAUAAGCAAGUCUUCCUUGGGCUCCAUAGCCCAUUUCAUGUGGAUGUCCAUCUCCUGUAGCUUGCAGUGUUUUUGCAUUUGUGGUUUGGGUUUCUACACUAACCCCCUUGCACAGUACCCCUGCCUCUUGUACCUAAACCAGUGCUUUGUAUACUGACCACACAACUUUGUAGCUUAUAGACUGUCACUUUCCCUGGUCUUGUUCAGUCUCUGUUGUGCGUUGUUUCAACGUGGUGCUGGCACGGGGUUUCUGUUUGCAACCCCAGAUGAUGUGGGGAGGGUGGUUGUAGAAGAGCCUCUGUUUCUUAGCCUUCACCGGGGAUUGUGUCCCGUGGCUGGUCCCUUAAAAUGAGAUGCUGUUAGCACUAUUUUCAUUUACUGUCUGAAAUGACUCACUCCUACUUGACACAGAUACAGUCCCUAGCUGAAAAUAACUGCUUAGGUUCAUAUACUGCUCAACAUUAAUAGCCUGCUCCUUUGCUGUAGAGAGCAGACUGUUUCCCACCUGGGAUGAAAUAUUUACAUUAUGUAUUGGGGCCUUCACUUUGAACCCAUAAAUGAACUUGGGACUAUAAAUGGAAACUGACUCAAAGGUAUCUGAAAGGAUGAGUGGAGAAGUUGGGGCAGCGGUACUGUGUCCAAAAGCAGUUUUAUUAAAGAGCAGCUAAAUAACCUUUCCAUCCCACUAAUAACAUUAGGACACUGACCCUAGUUUUCUUUUCCCAGAGGAAUCCAUUGGCCAGACUUCCCAAGGAAACAAGUGAGUUGCUCCUGGCCUCAGUUUGAUAUUUCCAGCUCCUCUUUAAAGGGGCUUGUGUUUUGUCCCCCAUAAUCCUUACCCAGCAGGCCCCCACUUUCUGAUGGCAGAAGGUUGCAGGGGAAGGAGAUUCUCUCUGUCCCGUGCUGCAGGGGGGGAAAGGGGAAAAUUGCAUUUUGUAUCUUUAUAGAAUUCAAAAACUGUGAGUUUUGUCAUUUGGAAGGUUUCAUGCUUACACAACAGUUUGUAAAUAUGACACACUUUUUUUAUAAAUGUCUUUAACCCACUA